AUGAUCCUGAAUCUGCUCCGCUUCCGGACGGCGGAGGCUGAAGACGUGAAGAUCGCCGUGAGGGAACGAUAUCCAGUGGAGAACGCCAGAGCGGAGGAGCCCAUUAUCAGCCUGCAGAGGUAUUACGACAGCAAGAGAAGCGCAGCCAAGAAGGAGCAGAAGACAGUGGAGGCGGCACAGAAGGCCUUCAAGUCAGCGGAGAAGAAGACCAAGCAGACGCUGAAGGACGUGCAGACGGUGACCAGCAUCCAGAAGGCCAGGAAGGUGUACUGGUUCGAGAAGUUCCUGUGGUUCCUGAGCUCUGAGAACUAUCUGAUCAUCGCGGGUCGAGACCAGCAGCAGAACGAGAUGAUCGUCAAGCGUUACCUGCGGGCAGGAGACCUGUAUGUUCAUGCGGAUCUGCACGGAGCCACUAGCUGUGUGAUCAAGAACCCGUCAGGUGAGCAGUGCAGGAGUACACACACACACACACACACACACUCACACACACACACUCACACACACACUCAGACCGCUCUGAAAUGACUGAAUGGGAGAAAA